GCAUGUCAAUCAAGUACGCACUGAUCUUUGCCCUGGCGGCGCUCUGCUGCCUGGUGGCCACCGAAGCAGCAGCUCAGCGUCGCAACGGUCUGGCACGCGCUGCGGUCGUGCAGGCGGACGAAAACAAGACGGCUGAGAUUGAAGGACGCCAGGCAGAGGACCAGGAGCUGGACGAGGAGGUGGAGCAGGAGGAAGAGGGCGAUCAGGACCAAGCUGCUCCAGUCCAGGCGCAGGAAAACGAGCAACGCACCGUGCCCGACAACAGGCAGAAUGCGCUCAGAGAGACCGUGGUCCGGCCCAGCAAUGAUGAUGCUCGCGCCAGACGUGUGGUGCGCCGUGGCACUCGCCGUGGUCCUCGCCGCAACAGGAGCAGCCGUCGUCGUCGUGGCGGACGUCGUCGUGGCGGUCGCAGGAAUCGCGCUGGCAACCGUCGUCGUAAUAACAUCAGAAGGCGCAACGGCAGACCUCUCCGGGGUUAAGCAUUUGACCACAAACGAACUCAUUGAUGCACACACUCACCGAUUAACUUAGGCACACACACACAGAGAGGCACGCAGAGGCACACACACAUACACACAAAAUUUAGAAGAACGAACUGAU